CUUUCCUUAGUUUCGUUUCUUCAUCUUUGAAACGUUGUUAUUCCAGUCAAAAAAAAAAAACCAAAAAACACAAAAGAUUAGUAGUGAAAGAAAUGGACGUUAUUCUGGCAUUGGUACAACCAUUGGCACAACCAUUGGCAGAAUGGGCAGUGAAACCAAUUCGGCGACGCUUGAGUUAUGUGUUUCACUACAAGAGCAACAUUGAGCAUCUCAACGAACAGGUUGUGCAGCUGCGUGAAAAGAGAGAAGGAGUGGACCUGGAGGUGAAACCUGCGCAAGAUGCUUUAAUGACUAUUGAUCCCAGAGUUGAUCGCUGGCUGGGCGAGGUACACAGAGUCUUAGAAGAAAAGGACAAGGAGACGUGUUUCAGUGAAGAAAAUGUAGCGGCAAAGGCAGCGUGCUGUAAUGGGUGGCUUCCAAAUAUCAAGUGCCGUUAUUCUUUGGGAAAGAAAGCUAAAAAGAUGACUGAGAAAGUGGAUAAUCUUCUUGCUGAAAAUCUCGGGACUAUAGCGCAUCCUGCUUCUCACCCAGAGGUGGAAUUCCAACCCGGAAGCAACUUCCAUGAAGGUGCCAGCUCCUCUGCAGGAACAUCAACCCAAGAACAGCCACCUGCAUCUGUAGGAAAGAUUAUUAAUUUUGAUUCGAGGAUAACAACCAUUAGAGAUGUGACGGAAGCUCUCAAGGGGGAUCAAUUCAAUCCGAUUAUCAUUUGCGGCAUGGGCGGCAUCGGGAAGACAACAUUGAUGGGGCAAGUCUUUGACAAAGCAAAGGAAGAAGGUCUGUUCGAUGAGUAUACAAAGGCAACCUUAUCUCUUGACAAAGCUCCUGACGUGAUUCAGAUUCAAGGCGAACUUGCAGAAUAUCUAGGCAAGAACAUCUUUGAGGAUGAAAAAGAGAGAGGUCCAAGAGCAAGUAAGCUACGUGCAAGAUUAUCCCAAGGCAGCAAGAAGAUCCUUGUAAUGUUAGACAAUGUUUCCACAACAACCCCAGACUUUUUGUGGGACAUAGGGAUUCCCCUUAGUUGUAAACUUUUGGUGACAUCAAGACAACAAGAUCUAUUCAAGGACAUGGACACAAGAAAGAAUUUCCCCAUUCAUGGUUUGCCGGAUACUGAUGCAUGGAGUCUAUUUAAGAAGACAGCAGGAAGUUCUAUCGAAUCUGAUCGAGAGUUAGAAGUUGUAGCAAAAGAGGUUUUGAAGGAAUGUGCUGGGUUGCCCAUUGCAAUUUCAACUGUUGGAACGGCACUAAAAGGUGAAAACAUUGCAGUUUGGACGAAUGCACUGAGUGAACUGAAGAAGGCUAGCCCAGAAAACGUUCCAGGAGUGAUAGAACAUGUGUAUGGCAAAAUCAAGUUCAGCUAUGAAUGUUUACCAAGCAAGGAAGCCAAAUCAUGCUUUUUGCUGUGUUGCAUAUUUGAAGAAAGCGCUUAUAUAGAGAUAGAAGAUUUGGUUAGAUAUGGGCUCGGUCUCAAGCUCUUUAAAGGCAUUGAUUCAAUGGUUGAAGGAAGAAACCGUAUGGAGACAUUGGUUCAGAUACUCAAAAAUCGCUUUUUCUUGUUAGAGAGCGAUGUGCCAGAGUGUGUGAGAAUGCAUGAUGUGGUGCGUGAUGUUGCCAUGCAUAUAGCUUCUGAAGAGUUUGUAGAAAAGAAAAAUGAUGGGGUUGAAAAGAGAAUUGUGGUGAGAGACAAAGCAGUAACUUUGAAGUUGAUGGAUUGGCCUAAGGAUAGUGCUUCUGAGCGAUCUAUUUAUUGCAGUUCACUGAGUAUCAGUGGGCAUUGUCAGCUUUUAUUGUUGAGAAAUCUAUCUAGAGUUAAAUCUCCAUUGGAGCCUCCAUCCUCAAUUUUCAAUAGAAUGGAAGAUCUCAAGGUUCUAGCAAUAAUUGAGGAGGACAAGUGGUCUAGUUUUUUUCAAGAAACCAGCAAAAUGCUUAUGUUGUCACUAGUGUCAUCAGUUACAGUUUUGAAAAACUUUCAAACACUGCGUCUGGAGGGGUGCGAUCUGGAGUGUGAUGUAUCUGUCAUUGGUGAGCUAAGGACACUCAUGAUACUCAGUUUGCGAGAAUCCAACAUCAAGCAAUUGCCUGAUACAUUUAAAAAUUUGUCUAAUCUGAGAUUGCUUGAUUUGUCCGAAUGUAGGAAGCUUCAAAUAAUCCCACCAGGUGUGAUAUCAAGUUUAUCCCGACUAGAAGAAUUGUACAUGUCGGAAAGCUUUUACAAUUGGGUGGUUGAUAAACUAGUCUCGACCGAAACAACCAAUUGGAUAUCUCAAUUGGAUGCUGAAGAAAGAGCUGGAUCCGAAGAAGUGGACAAGUGGAAGAGAACCAACACAUUGGCGGUUGAACAACCAGCCAACCAAGAGGAGAUUAAUGGGCUUCUUGAAGAAUGUGAAGAGAGGAGAAGGUGGGCCAAGUCCAUGGACUGGACAAGUGGGAUACUUUCAGAACUACUUUCCUUGUCCGGUUUGACUCGUUUAACUGUUUUUCUACCACCGCUUGAUAUUCUGCUGACAACCGAUGUACUGGGCAAGAAGCUGGAAAGAUUUCAGAUCUCUUUAGGAUGGACUAAUCCAUGGACUAAUCUAUGGAGAUUUGAAGUCCCGCCGCCUUCUGAGAACUACUUGAGAGUUGCCGAUCUUGAUGCAAGCUCACUCGUGGGUAGUAAUAUCAGUUGGUUGCUAAACAAAACUAACGAGUUUGUGUUAAGCAUGAAGAAUUUGACAGAUCCUCUGAAUGUCUUCGAUUUUGCAAACUUGAAUUGUCUUGAACUCUACGGCUGUGAUGCUCUGGAAUAUCUGAUUGACGUGACACGUGUAAACCCCGCUACUCCACGCAGUACCGUCUUUCCCGGCUUGGAGUCACUGGUAGUCAUUGGUGCAACAAGGCUCAAGGAGAUUUGUCAUGGUGAGCUGCUCCACACCAAGAUUCCAGUCUUAAGAAGUCUAGUAGCGAUGUCAAUUGGGGGUUGUCAUAGUUUGAGAACUCUGCUCUCUCCUUCAAUCGCCAGAGGUCUUGUGAAGCUCAAAGCACUAAGUAUCUUUGGCUGCGAGAAGAUUGAAGAGAUAGUAGCAGCAGCAGCAGAGGGUGAUGAAGAAACAGAGGAUGACAACAUCUUCCCUCAGCUGACAGAAUUGUCGCUUAAAAAUCUACCUAAUCUCAGAACUCUGCUCUCCCCUUCAAUCGCCAGAGGUCUUGUCAAGCUCGAAACACUAGAGAUUGAAAACUGCGAGAAGAUUGAAGAGAUAGUAGCAGCAGCAGCAGAGGGUGAUGAAGAAACAGAGGAUGACAACAUCUUCCCUCAGCUGACAGAAUUGUCGCUUCACAAUCUACCCAAUCUCAGAAGCUUUUCGCAAGGCAAAUGUAAUUUCAAAUGGCCGCUAGUGAAAUUUAUAAGAAUCAGGGGAUGCUGCAAUAUGAAGAAGUUUUGUUUCGGAUCCGUCAGCAUACCAUGGGAAGUGCGAUUGGACGUCAGCGAUGUUGGUGAGAAUGUUUUGCAGGAGCUGAAGAACAGUAGAAAAGAAAAAUGAUGGAUCAGGGCCCUCUAAAAUCUAACUAGUUCAAUAAGGAUUGGCCCAUUUCCAGCCUUCCCGCGCAGACAGGGACGCCUGCUUCUCCUUCUUCAAAAUCACGACUCACCAACCGGAGUGUAGACAUUGCCCACCAGGUGUUCGAUGAAAUGGCGCUUAGGGACUACUUCAACUCUCAUGGAUGGGCCAUCAUGAUAGUUGCUUAUGCCCAAAAUGCCAAUUCAUUCCCCAGAGGCCUUGCCGCACCAACACCAAUACCAUGCAUAAAUAUAGAUACAGAAAUCCAAAAUGGAUUUGAGUCACAGUCCCACUAAAGCAAAGGAGCAAUUACUUUAAUGUGACCAUGACGAAGAGUCUAGGAGACCCUAAAACCAGCCAAACAUCUUAAUCAGUAGUAGCUACUAGCUAAGUAGCUAGGCCAGGCAUGCUCGCCAAAUGCCAAUUGUCACGGCCUGUUUUUCAAACUUCACCCCCCCUUUUCACCCAGACAUUCCUUUAUGGGUCUUAUUUUACUAUUCCCUUGCUUACUCCAUGCCUCACUUACUAUCCCAAUGCCUCUCCAAAGGUUCUUUACAGAUAGAUAGAACCAACCCAACCCACCUCCCAUCAUGCUUUAAUAUUCAAACAUAACAAUUGCAAUCAAGAAAAACCCCAACUUCUUCAAGUUUUAAUUA